AUGGCCGAAAUAGUUGAGGAAGCAGUGAAACAAAAAGUCUCUCUUGGAGAAUCUACUCUGGAUUCUGAUUCGACAAUUUGUUGUCUCAAAUUGAGUGAGUCACUAUUCCCAACAAAGAGAGAGAAAUACAACAAGAUUUAUGUACGAGAUUGUUAUAUCCCUGUGUAUGAUAUCAUCAGCAAUCACCAAGCUCUUCAUGGUCAAGGUUCAAUUGUACUGGUAAAAGGAAAUCCUGGUAUCGGCAAAUCAGUAUUUCUUUUCUACUACCUGUACCGCAAGAGAAGCGACCCUUUAGUCAAAUCAAUAAUAUACGAUGUUGUUGAUGCACCCGUCUACCACUUUACUUAUACCGAGGAUGGGAGUCCAAUCGUUCACCAAGGAGAUAGAUCCUCUUUCAAGGAUAUCCUUCUUCGACCAGAUUCAUCAUCUCUUUACCUCGUUGAUGGUCAGCGCCCACUGCCAUCCAAAAGACCCACUUUGAUUGUGUCGUCACCAAACAAGUCAAAUUAUGAGGAGUACAUGAAGGAUGGAAAAACAAGUCGAAUUAUCAUGCCACUAUGGUCAUCAUUGGAGAUUCUGGCUUCAAACUGCUUGAUAUUUGAUCAUCCAAUUCAAGAUGUUCAAAGUCGAUACUUUAGAUGGGGUGGAAUACCUAGAUAUGUACUUGAUAAAAUCAGUAGACCUGAUCAAGAACUUCUCGUCAAUGCAAUCUCCAGUACAAACCUUGAAGCAUGCAUUAGCAGUAUUAACAUGCCAGACUCUCCAGAGUCUGGAAGUCACAAAGUGAUUCAUUUGGACGCCGAACCAGGCACAGAUUUUGUGCGCCAACGAGUCUCGUUCGCUUCCAACUACGUCAAAGAAAAGCUGGUUCAAAGAUUCUAUUGGAAUUGGAGGGAAGAAGUUAUCAGAAAAGUUUCUCUAGUUGGCACAAGUCAGAUCGAAGGUUUGCUCUUUGAGCAGCUGUCUCACCAGACUCUUAUUAAUGGCGGUGAAUUUCAUAUCAGAUCACUUGAUGGGAAAGGCAAUCUGGGCGAAUACCUUCACUUUGCCCCCGCCAAAUGCGACUCGAUUCAGGGUACCACCGAGCUAGCUUCUAGACUUGCCUCCAAAAAUCGUUUCCCACCUGACACCUAUGUUAGACCAACCGAUUUAAACUUCCCAGCAGUUGAUUCGUUUAUGGGACAAUAUUUAUUUCAAAUCACCAAAACCAACAACCAUCCUGUCUCUUUUAAAGAGCUCAAUUUUAUCACUUUCCAUCUUGAUCCAUCUACAAAAAACCCCGCUGCAACCACAACAGAUACAACCACAACAACAACAGCAACAACAACAACUGAUGCAUCCACAACAGCUGGUACCCAAUUCCACCUCUUUUUUGUCGUCCCUCCUCAUCUCUUUGAUUCGUUCCCUCGCCAAGAAUAUGUGGAAGCCAAAACACAACCUGACGCCAAUAACCCUGGCAAGAAGACCACCACCAAAAACAAAGUAAAAGCCCCUCAAAAUGUGCAUCAAUAUGCACUCAAAAUGGCUUUUAGCUCUGUCCCCCCCUCUGUCUUGUAUCCUGUGAUAAGCGGUGAGGAUGCAAUAAUUAAUUCUGAUCCAAAAACAAUUUUGAUUGAUCAUCUUCAAUCAACUCAAAAAAUUAGUACCACUGAUUCUAUUAGAAUGGAUCAAGAUAUAAAAAAAGAUAAAAGAUCAAUUACAUCUGCUCUAAAUCUAAAAAAAGCACGUGAUGCGAGAAAAAAUCAAUUUAUAAUCUAUGAUAGUGAUUCUGAUUCUGAUAAUGAUUCUGAUAAUACAAAGAAAAGAACAAAAAACAAAGCUCCUGUAAAAAAGAAAAGAAUAGUAAUAGAUAAUAACAAAAAAGACUUUGAACAAAUGAAUAAAAAAAUGGAAUUUCUCAUUGAAAUGUUUACUUGUCACCAACAAAAAAAUAAUUUCAUUGUAAACGAUGAAGUUGUAGAGAAAGAGAUAAAACAACAACCUAUAAAUAGUAUUAAAGAAUCAGAUAUUAUAAAGAAUAAAAUGAUUAUGAAAUCAAAAAAGAAUGAUAAAAAAUUGAUUAGAAAGUUGAUUAGAGAAGCAUUAGAUGAUGAGAGGAAACAACAACAACAUCUCUCUAAAGAAAGCAGCCCUGUAUUGGCUUGGUCAAAUCCAAAUGAAGUUGCCAUGAUCAAAUCAAUACAGGACACCAACUUUAGAGAAUCUUUACUAAAGAAUCAACAAGAAUUGGAUAAAGAAACAAAGAAAAAGAUCAUUGAUUUAACAAAAGAUGAUAUUCAAGUAAAACAAACAGAACAGCAACAACAAAUAAUGGUUGAUCAAAUUUUACCAAAUGAUUUAAUAGAAAUGGUCCCAAGAAACAAUCUAACAACUACAAAUGAUUUUGUAAAGAGAAAUGAAUUAAAAGACAUGGUAAAGAAUCAAAGAAUUAGUGUCAUUGAUUUAAUUGUAUCAUUUGCUCAAGAUUUGAAAAAAAAACAAAAGAUUGGUAGUGGAAGAUCAAACAAAGAAAGGGAUUUGAAACCAAAAGACAAGAUGUCAUUUAUUAUGAAUUUGGAUCCACACAACAAACCAGGAAGUCAUUGGGUUGCAGUAUACAUUGAUGCAGAUAAAGAUAAAUCAGUAGAGUACCAAGAACCAACUGAUGACUUUAUGAAACAAUUAAAAGAUUUAAUUGAUGAAAUCAACCCAGAUUAUUAUUUAAAAUUCAAAUUAAACAAAGUCAUUGAUCAAUCAAAUAGUACUACAUGUGGAUAUCAUGCAAUUAAAUUUUUAUUAAAUAGAUACAAUGGUAUACCAUUUAAAGAAUCAAGUGGUUGGAGUGAUAUAUCAAAAGAGGAAAACAAAGCAAAAAAGAUGAGAGAGAUGAUUGGAACAAGUCAUGGUUUCAAUUUACAUUUACAUUACCAGCAACCAAUGCAAAGUUUGGAUUUACAGAUACAGGUAUUUACAAGAGGUACAUAUUUAAUGGAUCAUACCAACUUUCAUUUACAUUCUAAAAUGGUGACUAAGAUCAACAAAAAAUUAAAUAAUACACUCAACACUUUCAACUCUGCAGUAAAUACAGCAAAUCAAUCUUAUAUUCCUUGUUAUUCUUGUAACACUUUGGUAAAUAUGAAUCCAAGAUAUGAUGGCACUUCAUGUGAUAGAGCAUUUACUGAACCAGACUAUUUAUCUUCAGGCUUUGCGGCCAAUACAGCA